GUGCGCCAUGGGUUUGGAAUGAGGGCUGUAACGGAAAGAAAACGAUAAAAAUCCCUCCGCAGCUUUUUGUUGGAAAUGCCAUGGAAAAUCGAGAUGAAACAAAAUGUUAACUGGUGUCUUACAUGCAAUAGUCGUUUAAAUGUUCUGAAAAUCUUACUCUUCUCCCAGAACGCGUUGUUUUAAGUUUACUUUCAGAUACUGUCGAAGUAUCAUCAUGCGUGUUGGUUGUCGGAUGAGGUAUUAUAUGUGUCGGAGUCGUGUCAUUCGAUUGCACCGAAGGAAAAUCGACGUGGAUAGGAUUUUCCUUCUAAAUACGCUGCUUUGAGGAGAUCGAUGCUGAUGCUAUCGUCGGUUCUGUUCUUAUCGAUUAUAUAGUACUUCGGUCCACGUUGGUGAGCCUAACGUGAUACGGUACACAAAAUCUUAAGCUGUGAGUCUGUUCCAUUAUAGGAUUCUAUAUAUCAUUGGUUUAUUUUAAUAUUUUAUACAUUGUGAUAUUUUUUCCCGCGUUUUCGGAUAUCCAUAUAUUUUUCACUCGUGUAUUUUCGUACUUAAUUUUCCCUUAUGACUAAACAGACCUCCAGAGUAUUUAACAUUAAGACUAUGUCCCCACCCUCGUUCCAACUCAUGUACUUCUGGCCCGACAAUAUCGAAGCCUGGUUCUGCUACGCAGAAGCCGACUUCCACGAGCACGGCGUGAACGACACACGUGCACAAUUCCUAGUCAAGGCACUGCCGCGGGAAUUCAACAGGUACGUAACACCUAGUAUGUUUACUAGUGAUGUUUCUGAACCGUACGAAACCUUAAAGCGUUCUAUCCUUAAACGAGGAGACCUAACCGAUCGACAAAGGUUAGACCAACUCCUCAAUAACAUCGACCUGCGAUACGGUUCUGCGACUGACAUGUUGCAAAGGAUGAGAGAGGUUAUUGGCCAACGAACUUUCGAUGAUGGCCUACUUAAACAACUUUUCUUAUCCAAACUUCCUCAACAGGUUCAAGCUGUGCUUGUCUCGUUCCAUAACAACGCUCAAGACAAGCUAGCUGCAUCUGCCGACGGCAUUUCAGAAAUCACAAAAUCUUCUACUACCGAGGUUGUUUAGAAAAAGAAAAGCCUCAAACGUCCCAGAAUGACAUAACAGAGUUAUGUCAUACGCUUACGCGUUAUCUUAAUUUUCGUAACGACCGUAAGCGAUCACACACCCCACGUAGAAGCACUUCACGUAAGCAAUCUGUCUCUAGACCACGAGAGACGGAUAGCCCCGACUGGUGCCGAUAUCAUAACCAGUAUGGAAAGUCUUCCAGAAAUUGCAGAAAACCCUGCAAUUUUCCCAACCCAAAACCGACCGACACGAAAAACAACUCGGGACACUUCCAAGCCGGCACGCGUUAACGGCAACCGUAGCCGGCGAACAUAGCCGUCUGUUAUACGUCAUAGAUGUGACAACGAGAGUUCGCUACCUCGUCGACACUGGCACAGAAGUUAGCAUUCUCCCGGCAAAUCCUAACGACUGGCUUCACGAAUCAGCUCUAAACUUACAGGCGGCAAACGGAAAACCUAUCGCUACGUAUGGCAAAAGGUACGUUUACCUGAACGUGGUUUUACGCAAACCCAUUCACUGGAUCUUCGUUGUUGCAGAUAUUUCCAUGCCAAUCAUUGUUAUGGACCUUCUACAACACCAUAAUCUAAUCAUCGAUACGCACAAACGGAGGCUAGUAGGCGGAAACACUAAUUUAUCCGUUUGCAUAACUUCUUUUUCUGGUUUCAGAUUAUCCCCGGUCACAAUUAAGUACACGAUAGACCCACUUUAUCAACCACUACUCGACAAGUAUCCUGAGAUUCAUCAAACGCAACCGAAACUACCGUGCGUAAUCUGCAACGUUACACAUCACAUCACAUCGGGCUCACCAGUGUAAAUCACCAACGUAGAUGAUCUAUGUCGAAAAUGAUCGGAGGCCUACUCGAGUUAGACGUGAAUGGUGUGACAAACUACCGAACACCGAAUUCACACCUCGUGGUCAACAUCCUACGUGGACUACCCCAUUGACGUAUCAAUGUACCAUAGAUGCUUUGAAGACUGUACAACACAGGGGACGGCAUUACAGAAAUAUAUUAUUUGUAGUAGAUACAAGCGAAAUUAAAACCACUGCCACAUUGGCCAGUCCAUGGCAUAUGAUUAACUGAUGCGCUUUGGCUGUCCCUGACCUUGACGAAGAUCGAUGAUUUGCUCGAUAUUCAAUGACCCAACUGCCGUAUGAUUUGGCUAGGGCUUAGUGACAUUACGCUGGCCCUACAUUCAGGUUUGUCUCUGCGUCAAAUGUUGAAUAUCUAUUUUCCCAUUUGUCUCGUGCUCAUGUUUGAGGAUUGAGCGAUUAGGGCUCAAUGCCACUACAAGCCGACCGCCAUUAUUUACAAAGAUGGUGAAUAUAAUUAUUUCCGCUUCAUUCUGAUUGUUCGCUAAGCAGCCUGCCACGAUGACGAAAUCAAUUUGAGUUUAAUUGUACUUUACAAUACCGUUUUGGUACUAUAGGUUUAUAAUCUUCAUUUGGUCCUAGUAAUUACGGGGACACGCCCAAGUUCACUCUAGCGUCGCUCAAAGGUGACCCAUAAACAAUAGUCUCACCAUUGUGAGGUUCUACAAUCAAGUUCGUUCUUUCUAUUAAUAAACCAAAAACAAGAAAAAUAUUUGCACAAAAAAUUAUUAGAUAGCCAUUGUUUGUACAGUAAACAGGAAGUUUGUAUUCGUAGUUGUGAAUAACUACCAAUAAAAUGUAAUAAAUUCUACAUGUAUUCUAUUAGUCUUUUGCGUAACUAAGGGUGUUGGGAUGGUCAGCGAUGGAACUAUUCCCGAAAAUGCACAUUCAUUCAUAACACGAGUAUCUCAUGAAUAACUUGCGAUCACUCCUAUCGUUUGAUAAACAAGCAGCCAUUUUAAUGAUCAUAAGUGUAGGCAAUAAAUGUAUAAGUUCUACUAAUUUUUCAAGCGAAGAGAAAUUAUUUACAAUGAAUACAUGAAGAGAGGGUUGUUAGUUUGCGAAUAGCAAACCACUAAGAGCGAAGAAUAGGUAGAUCCUCUGAUCUUUGACGAUAGAGCACAGAUAAAAAUUGUGAGACAAUGCCUAUUCAUAUAAUACAGGUAACUGACAUCAAACACGCAGUUUUAUUGGUACAUCCCGAAACGAAGGCUUAGCGAAACCAGUCUAAUGACGGUAAAAAUUAACUGCUAUAUGAUUUCUAGGCAGUACAACAGUACAGAAAUUGACCCAGUAGCAUAGUACACCAAGUCCAGUGUUGCGGCAUCUGGUAGACGGUCUGUACGAUUAUUCGCUUUUGCCACAGAAUCGUAAUCGUUACACACCAAAAUUUCUGUUUCACAGCCAUACAAGACUGCACAGUACACUCUCCCUGCCGUAACACUGUGAGAACAAGUUUAUGUAAAACUGAAAAAAUUACAGUAAUAAAACUUCUUGUUAUCAAGAAUCAUAGCUAUGGACUCUGAGAACAAUUAAUUCAGACGAUGCAGCUUCAUAGUUACCACCGACUGAACUCAUAACUUGUGUACACAUGUCUCCCGAUGCCUCAUGGAAUGAACAAGUUAGUUUACUGGCCAGAGGUUUAAUAAGAGCAUGGAAUAAGUGGUAGUUAUUAGUGAACUUCUCAAGCACAUCUUUACUCACUGUAGAGCUUGACACGUUGUUCACCGAAGACCAAGCUCAUUAUGUAGUUUCUUGCCCACCGGCUACUUUGUCGAAAUAAAUAUAAGAUUCUUCUGGAAACGAGGAAACACACCUCCACGAAUUAGAUCUUUGGAAUGUACAUACAAAAUAUGACCACAUGGCAGCAUAUAAUCAUUGAGACGCCCACAAGUGUUAACAACAUACAUUAUGCCCUUGUCGUAGAAGCGGAUGUAUUCUUUUGUUAUUAAUUCGUAUCUCAUUCUCCCAACACUUUUAUGGUUUACAGUGACCUUGGCACUUGAAAUUUAUGAUACACAUAGCUACAUUCCUUACCUCAAGCUCUGGAAAACGUCGACAAUCCUUUACGGCGUCGUAAUGACGCAAACUUGGGUCAUUGUCUAUCGUACUUCAGACUUUCCAGAACGUAAGUGGAAGAGAAACACCUCUUCUGGGACAUUCUUUUAAGUGUUUAUGAUCGGCUCUCGGGCUUAGUACAUGUCACUGGAAACAGCGAACUCACACUGACUUCCGAGCAACCCAGUGAUUUUUUAUGUAAUCAUAGGCCCUUGGAAAAUGAGUUCUCAGGUGCUCGUACUUCUGCGUAAACCUGAAUAAAAUGUAUUAUUAAAAGCAGAGCUCACAUGUCAGAUCGCCUGGUUUUUAUAAGGUGUUACAAGCAUUCGCGAACAUGGAGAUUUUUGAACUACAGCAAAUAAUUUAUACAGUUAACAUUUACCCUCCCGAAAAAUGUUCCUAAGACAUGUGAUAAACACAAUAUUACGUCGGCAUGACUGUGCGUAGACUGUAACACGGAUAUUUUGGUCGCUGCCGAAUACAUAGAAACUGCGUGCAUCACAAGCCAAGAACAAAUUACUUAUCAGCUGACUAUCGACUUUCCCAUCGAAUCAUCAACGAGUGGAACUCAUUACCUCAGCACGUGGUUGAGGCUGCAUCCGUCGACUCUUUCAAAAGAAAGUUGGAUCAACUGAGAGACCACCAUUGCCAGGACUGACACAGGCCAUCAGGCCUCCUGUCCUUUUCAAACCAAAAACUGAAACUGGAACUUAUGUACUUCAUUCAAACGGGUUUCAUGGUUUUCCAACUAGUAAGUCGUCGCGAUAACAUAAUGUCAUAGAAGAUUCGUCCUGUAUCAUACAUUAUUACUAUGACAUCACUUUCGUUACUUGAGGGAUGGAUGUUAUCAGACGUAGUGUGGCUGAACCCAAAUCAAAUCGAAAAAUGUCUUGAUUUUACCGUUUCCGUACGUCCUUACUAAUUGUCGAUCUGACGCACCAAUCAUUUUGCGACAGUUUGACCUUCAAGUGCUCGCAACUUUCAAAGUGAACGAUAGCCCUGAAGCGUUGUAACAGUACUACUGAGGCGUUACCAGAAUGUUAUUGGGAAGGUCUUCCGUCUUUUUCUCCAAAUUAGUAUCAUGCUGGUCUUACGUUUUCAUCAAUUCGCUGUCUUUAAGCGGUUCAGUCGCCUUUGAAGUUAGAUCUUUUCUUCACAAUGAUAUGGUCGUCGAUGGUGGUGCUCAUAAUGUUUUCUGGUUCGUACAUAUCACAGAUUUGCAUUUUAGCGAGUUUGGUUCUAAAGACAGACAGAUGGACUUCUUGGAGUUUUGUUCUACACACAUUCCUGUGAUUCGACCUGAAGUCGUAAUCGCAUCAGGUGAUAUUACUGAUGGCAAGGGUAAGACGUUCUCGUUAUCUUUACAAAAUCUGGAGGAAUGGGAGGAUUAUUCGUCACUUCUGAAACAAUCUGGAGUACUAAAUUUGACUAAGUGGCUUGACGUACGGGGGAAUCAUGAUAGUUUUGACGUUCCAUCAUUUGGUGGUUAUGGUGAUUAUUACAGUCGAUUUGGUGUAAGGGGCGGAUCUUCAUUAAAGUCACGCAUAUUCAAACUCGUAAAACCAUAUGGUCAAUAUUCUUUCAUAAGUAUUGAUUUAUCCACUGAACCUGGAUUGAAAUGGCCUUUUAAUUUUUCGGUAGUUUUAACUUGGUAAGUUGUGUCUGUUACUGGACAUCAUUACUAUUCAGUUUAUACAUUUGUGAUAUUUGGCAACUUGUAUUGUAGCAUGAAAUAGACUGACUAACUCACUAGAGUGCGUUUUAUAUGAGACCGUACUAUAAUCAUCUCAAACCUGGUCGAAUCGUGACGAUUCUAAGUGUUUGUCAGCGCUCUUGUUUUCCGUAGUAAUCAUAAGCAAAGCUCGAAGUGACUUAAGUGAGGUAGGUGGUGGUCGGCAUAUGUAACACGUCUUAAUCACCCCAGUUGAUGAAGACUUACUAUUCCGUUGAUCGAUUUCCCAUCUUUACCUGGUACUCUAUUUCUAACCCAAGCAUUGCUUACUCUGUGAUCCCGAAAUACACGAGCAAUGCCUUGUAGGCACCGAUGAUUGAAUAUCAGUAACCUGCUAAUAUCCUCUACUCCUAAUGACCGUGCUGAGGCCACUGUCAAUAGGUUGAAAGGUGCUCACCAAUACAUUAACUGCCGAGUUUUGUAUUUGUGAAUCACACCAGUCCAUUUUAAAGAACUUCCUGAUUAGUUGAAGGCGUUCGAAUGCAUGAUUUCAACAGUUGAAUUGACGAGUCAAUCUAAGCUAUACCGUCAUUGGAAACCUGGAAACACUGGACGGCCGUUUCUUCCUAGUAUGGGACUCAGCAGUGCUCAACCACAAUCCCGCACGUGGGACUCGAGCGCAUCACCUUCGGUCUCGCGCACGAACCCUUAACCUCCCCAUAAAUCUCCAUAUUUUAUGACUUCAUGUGUAAUUGUUACAGAGUGUUUGUAUUUUUUCCCAUGCAUCUCACGCUUUUAUGGAUUUAGUAGUAGUUUGAUUGGUUAUUUGGAUUUUCGGACUGUAAAGGCUGUAUAGAAUCUAGCACAUGGGCUAAGUAUGAUGUUUAUAAUCUUUAUGUGUCACAUUUCGUGUUGCUUGUGUAGAUUGCUAACAGUGAUUCCCGGUCUGAAAGUUUAGCAUACCGUUUGUUUGUUGUUUGCUGGUUCUUUCUAUAGAUUACCUAUUGAAUAAAACUAAUUGCCAGUUGUAGUGUUUCCAAAUAGAAAGAACUUUUUCGUGGUGUCGUUCCAAACUCCAGUACCUUAGCUCUUUAAUUUUCACGUGAUGUCCUCUCUCGAGAUAUGUGACGCGUAGUUCGCACUGUACAACAUUCAAAGACAAGGUGUGGCACUAAUGUUAGUGGUCAGUAGUUUUUUACAGGUAACUCAGUUUAUCGUAUCCAGUACAUAAUAUGCUAGAUAUAUAUAUCGUGCUUAUGUGAGGUACUGUGACUGAUACUCUGGAUUCUACGUUGUAUAUAACUGAUCCACUAGUUAUAGCAAACAUGUUUGUAAUAUUUUUGAUUUAUUGUAAACUGUUCAUAUUUUCUUUUAUUUUGUUCUAUCAAUAUUUAACCUAAUAUUACAGAAUGUUAAAAGACAGUUGUUAAAGUCGAUUGAUGAAGCUAAAGAUAGUAAUCAGACAUUUGUAUUUGGACAUUAUCCAACUUCCACGGUUGUUUCGAGUGAUUCGAAUCUGGGUACAGUGAUUGGAGAUAGUGCAUUUGCUUAUUUAUGCGGUCAUUUGCAUACGUUGUUUGGGUUGGCU